CAGUAGACAAGAUGGCGGCGACAAUAAUCAUGUUCAAGUUCGAUCAGAGGAGCGAAGCUAUUUGUAUUUAUCGAACUUGUGUUUAAUUGCAAGGUGAAAGACUGGCUGUCUCUGCAUAUAUCACACUUUCCAUUUAUCUUGUAUUGGGUAAAUUAUGUCCAACGAUUCAAGGUCAAAUUCAGAAGACGACAAAAGUGCUAUCCAUAUCAUUGUAGAUGAUGACGCAAACAAUAGGGCCUCAUCAACGGAAGGGAGUAAUUACAAUUCUACCUCUCCCUUGGUUCUGCCCGGGCCCGGCUACCCAUGGGACAACAAGUGGACCCACGCUGCCACAAAAUCACUUCUUGAACUCUAUGUGAAAAAUGAAGAAAAAUUCAAAGAUCCACACACUAAGAAAAAACAAAUAUGGGGAGAAAUCUCCGAAAUUCUGCGUUCAAAGGGUUUUACUUUUGACGCUGAAAAAUGUGAACGAAAAUUUCUCAACCUCAAAACUGUUUACCGUAACAAUGUUCAGCAUAACUGUAUGACAGGAAAUUUUGACCGAAAGUGUUCAUUUUUCGACGAGUUAGACUCUAUAUUUCAUUUGAGUACCAAAUUGAAAUCCAACAAAAAGCCUGUCCCGAAGCUUCCAGAUGUUGUCGAACCGAAUAGAAUUCCAUUUCAAAAUCCAGCGAACGAAACAACAACACAUCCAAAAGUUGUCCCAGUUCCCGUGUUGUUGAUUCCAAGCGGCGGGAAAGCCCCAAUGGAAGCCGAGAAAUCCUUAAACCCUUCAACCCCAACUCAAACUUUAGCUUCACAACACACUCGUGUAAACAUCAAUGCAUCACCUACACAGUCAAGCAGCCAACCAAACCAAUCCUACACUAAUAUUGUCCCUCGAUAUCGUCAGCCCUCACCAUUACAACGAUUUCCUAAAACCUCAAACAAUCCCAUGCAAAGAAAUUUUCAGCCAGGAAAUGUAGAUCGCUCGCAGACUCUUCCUAUGAACCCUCCCUCGGGAACUGCCGUCAUAGACCUCUGUCAAGAAACAACAGACAAUCUAAAACGACGCUCUAGUGAAGUCGAGGCUCGAACAGAACCGGUGAAGAAGAGAAGAGCAAGUGAUCUACAGAGUCUUUUGGAAAGCUUUGAGAAUUACCGUCGAGAGCAGAGAGAGAGGGAAGAACAGAGGAUGCGACAGAUGAAGGAAAUGCAUGAGGAUGAAAUGAAAGUGACAAACCGGUUUCUGGACAUUAUCCAUCAGUAUGUUCAGAAUGGAAAUAACUGAUGAACGAUUCAUUCCGUUUGUUGUUGCACCCCCCCCCCCCCCAAAUAAAAGUAUUUUCCAUAAAAAAUGUUUUUUUUUCCUUAAUAUCUCUUGAAGUAGAAAAGAUACAUGUAGUAAGAAAUGAAUCCAAAGUACCAUUAUCUGGUUCAAACUCGGUAUGCAUAAAAAGAUUCAGUAACCUUACGCAAUUAAUAGGACAAUUAAUAGGACAAUCGGCUUGCGAUAAAUGAUUUUUAUCUUUCACUGCAUACAAUGCUAUUAUUU